AUGCGAGAGGUCAUCACGUGUCAUCUCGGCCAGGCGGGAUGUUCUGUCGGCCAGAAGGUAUGGGAGCUCUUCUGUAUAGAGCACGGCAUCGAGCCUGAUGGCACGAUGCCGAGCGAUGAAUCUGUCGGGUCUAUGGAGGAUCCUUUUAAUACGUUCUUCCAUGAGACUCCAUCAGGACAGCACGUUCCUCGCACGUUGUUUAUGGAUACUGAUCCGAGUGAUAUAACGUCGUCGGGUACGAAACACGAGAUCCUCGGACCUCGCUGUAAGUGGCGUAACCUGUACAAUCCCGAACAAGUGAUGGGGUACAAGCAGGAUUGCCGCAGUAACUUCUUUGAGGGUCGGACACAGGCCAUCGAGUAUCACAUAGUGGAUGAGAUGAUGGACAGAUUGAGGAAGGAAGCCGAUAAGUGCUCUAAUCUAGCAGGAUUCUUUACGUUCCGUUCCUUCGGUGGAGGGACAGGUUCGGGCAUUGGCUGUGAGCUGUUGGAGGCACUGAGAGAACAGUUUGAGAAGAAGGUUAUCCUGGAGCCCGUACUAUAUCCUAGUGCGGAGUACAGCAGUUCAGCAGUUGAACCGUACAAUUGCCUCUUCGCUACUGCUUACAGUAAGGCUGUGUGUGACCUCUCUCUCAUGCUUGACAACCAAGCAGCCUAUAAGCUGUGUCGUGAUCAGCUCGCUGUUAAAAAUCCGACCUUCUACCAUCUCAAUCGACUUAUUUCCCAAGUUGUAUCGGCCUGUACUACCUCCCUACGUUUCGAGUCUAUGAUCAAUGCCAGCCUCCUUGAGAUCAUUCAUAACAUUGUACCCACGCCAGUGUAUAGGUAUCCAAUUGUAGCACUGUCGCCAGUACGCCAUGCCUCUCGGCAUAAGCAUGAGUCCUUCUCCACUAAGGAUAUUGUUAUUGAUCUGUUCGAACCGAGGAGUUUCCUAUGCGAUGUCGGGCCGACAUUGAGGCUGAAUCGCUAUUUGAGUGUAUGUGUACUGAUCCUCGCCAUGAUGGAAGGUCGGGUCGACGCCCUGCAAGCGAUCAAUACUCUGUGUAACCCGAAAGCAAGCUAUCGUACGGCGCUGCGCUUCUUGCCUUGGAUUGAGUCCGGCUUCAAAGUGGGAGUCGUCGGUGUGCCUCCCAGCAUACCUCUUACUGGUAAUGGAGAGCCAUUCAUGGCACGUUGCGAUCGGCAAGGGUGUGUUCUGGCUAAUACCACAGCUGUCAGAACGAUGUUCUUGAGGCAGUAUAAGAAGUUCCUACAGUUAUUCUACCAUAAGUCGUACGUAUGGCAGUUCGUAGACGCCAACGGUGAGAUGGAUAUGUUCUAUGAAGCGAAGGAGAUUGUUAGGACUAUCAUAGAUGAUCACGAGGCUCUCCUCCAGCAGUGCAUGGCGAAAGAGAGCGAAACCAACGUGUUGGAGUUGGUCGGCUCGACAGCACAUUCUCAUGAUGCCAAUGCCACCGACAACCACCCACCUUUUACUGAUGAGGAAAAUGACCAGAGGGUCGCUCAGCAGGGAUGA